AUGGCUUACAAUGGCGCGGGCGGCGGCCAUGAGUAUGGCGGUGGGCACCAGCUCCAAGACAUGCCUGCUGGCAGCACCUACCAUCUCCCUCCUCACGACCAAGACGAGGAUGAGACCGAGCGUCACUUGCUCGGUCAGGCACCGUACCAGUAUGACCAAGAUCGCCUCGGCACGGGCACUCCUCCUGCACGACCUGUCUCUGCAUACAGCUUGACCGAGUCGUACGCCCCCGGCGCGUCUACCACACCCGUUCCUCCGCAAUACAGCCAGGGCUACUCCGGUGAUGGCUCCUAUGGCGUCUCUUCGGAACUUGGAGACGGUGGCUUCGGCUAUGGCAGACCCGCUUCCACCGUUGACGGUGACGAAGCUUGGGUCCGACGUCAGCAGCCUGGCGGGCCCAGCAGCGGCGGCGGCGGUUUGAAGCGAAACCAGACCCGUAAGGUCAAGCUGGUGCAGGGCUCAGUUUUGAGUAUCGAUUACCCAGUACCCAGUGCCAUCCGAAAUGCUGUCCAGGCCAAGUACAAGGAUGUUGAGGGCGGAACUGGCGAGUUCACCAACAUGCGUUAUACCGCAGCUACUUGCGACCCCAACGACUUCACCCUCAAGAACGGUUAUGAUUUGCGACCAAGAAUGUACAACAGACACACGGAAUUGCUCAUUGCAAUUACCUACUACAACGAAGACAAGAUGCUUCUGUCCCGUACCCUCCACGGUGUCAUGCAAAACAUCCGCGACAUUGUUAACCUGAAGAAGUCCACCUUCUGGAACAAGGGAGGUCCCGCGUGGCAGAAGAUUGUUGUCUGUAUGGUCUUUGACGGUAUCGACAAGGCCGACAAGGAAGGUCUUGACGUCUUGGCUACCGUUGGUGUGUACCAGGAUGGUGUUGUCAAGAAGGACGUCAACGGCAAGGAGACCGUUGCCCACAUCUUCGAGUACACCACGCAACUCUCCGUGACGCCCAACCAGCAGCUUAUUCGGCCCAUGGAUGACAGUCCCCAGACGUUGCCACCUGUGCAGAUGAUCUUCUGUUUGAAGCAGAAGAACACCAAGAAGAUCAACUCUCAUCGUUGGUUGUUCAAUGCCUUUGGCCGAAUCCUCAACCCCGAGGUCUGUAUUCUGCUCGAUGCAGGUACCAAGCCCGGAGCCAAGUCUCUGCUCGCUCUUUGGGAGGGUUUCUACAACGACAAGGAUCUCGGUGGUGCUUGUGGUGAAAUUCACGCCAUGUUGGGCAAGGGCGGCAAGAAGCUGCUGAACCCAUUGGUCGCUGUCCAGAACUUUGAGUACAAGAUCUCCAACAUUCUGGAUAAGCCCCUAGAGAGUUCGUUCGGAUACGUCUCCGUGUUGCCCGGUGCUUUCUCCGCCUACCGAUUCCGUGCCAUUAUGGGUCGUCCUCUGGAGCAGUACUUCCACGGUGAUCAUACACUCUCCAAGAUACUGGGUAAGAAAGGUAUCGAGGGUAUGAACAUUUUCAAGAAGAACAUGUUCUUGGCCGAGGAUCGUAUCCUCUGUUUCGAGCUGGUCGCCAAGGCUGGCUCCAAAUGGCAUUUGACGUACAUCAAGGCUGCUAAGGGUGAGACUGAUGUUCCCGAAGGAGCACCCGAGUUCAUCUCGCAGCGACGAAGAUGGCUGAACGGUUCCUUCGCCGCCUCUCUGUACUCGCUGAUGCACUUCGGUCGUAUGUACAAGAGUGGUCACAACAUUGUCCGCAUGUUCUUCUUCCACGUGCAACUGAUCUACAACGUUGCACAGGUCAUCUUUACCUGGUUCUCUCUAGCUUCUUACUACCUCACUACAACGGUUAUCAUGGAUCUUGUCGGUACUCCCACCGCUCCUGGCCCUGUCAGCUCUGAACGUCAUGGUUGGCCUUUUGGUGAUACGGCCACGCCUAUCAUCAACUUGGUCCUCAAGUAUCUCUAUGUGGCUUUUGUCAUCAUGCAGUUCAUUCUUGCUCUGGGUAACCGUCCCAAGGGUUCCAAGUGGCAGUACAUUCUGUCAUUUGCCUACUUUGGUUUCGUCCAGAUGUAUCUGCUCAUUCUGUCCUUCUACCUGGUCAUCAAUGCGUUCAUCACCAAUCCAGACAUCAAUCUUGGUGACGAUCUAGCCCAACUAUUGACAGGAAAGUCUCAGAUUGCUAUCAUCUUGCUCGCUCUGCUUGCCACGUUUGGUCUGUACUAUGUCGCCUCGUUCUUGUACCUGGACCCAUGGCACAUGUUCCACUCCUUCCCGGCAUACCUGGUUCUGAUGUCGACCUACAUCAACAUUCUUAUGGUCUACGCUUUCAACAACUGGCACGAUGUUUCUUGGGGUACCAAGGGAUCUGAUAAGGCUGAUGCUCUACCGUCUGCGCAAGUCGUCAAAACAGAGAAGGGUGAAGCCGCCAUUGAGGAGGUGGACAAGCCGCAAGAGGAUAUUGAUAGUCAGUUCGAGGCUACAGUCAAGCGAGCCCUUGCACCCUUUGUGGAGGUUGAGGAGCGCGAUGAGAAGGACUUGGACGACUCGUACAAAUCUUUCAGAACUUCUCUGGUCCUGGCCUGGCUCUUCAUGAACGCCCUUCUUAUUGUCGUCCUCACCAGCGACAGCUUCAACACAUUUGGUAUCGGAGCUACCACUACCGCGAGAACUGCAUCCUACUUCCAGUUCCUGCUGAUUUCCACAGCCGUCCUCGCAUUCGUCCGUUUCGUUGGUUGCUUGUGGUUCCUUGGAAAGACUGGUCUCAUGUGCUGCUUCUCGCGACGAUAA